UUUUUUUUUUUCCUUAUUAUAUACAUUUUACACAUUUAUAUAGAUACACAUUAUGGCCACCUUCAAAUAUUGUAUUGAAUGCAACAAUCUUUUAUACCCACGAGAAGAUAAAGCAUCUCGACAACUGAUGUUUUCCUGUCGAAACUGUCAAUUUCAAGAAAAAGCUGACAAUAUGCGUGUAUAUCGUCAUGAAAUCAUCCAUGCACCUUCUGAACAAACCAUGGUGUUGACUGAUUUAAGUGCGGAUCCUACUCUGCCACGAGCGAAUAUACCUUGCCCAAGAUGUUCCUAUCCUGAAGCUGUAUUCUUUCAGUCCUCCUCCAGGCGUGUGGAAGCCAAGAUGACCUUGUUUUAUGUAUGUGGAAGCCGUGUUUGUGGACAUCGAUGGACGGAUUAGAUUAGUUUUUAGAGUAGAUCAUGAAAUGUAUAUUGUAUAUAAUUAAUAAAAAAAAGUUUUAUUUUGACAUUGAAAAA